CUUUUUACAGAGGGGGAGAAAAGGAGGAUAAACCCUAACCCAAUAGUCACACAGCUUUCUUCAAUCCAUAUGGAGUCCACAUCAGAGGCACGAAUCUUUCCCAGCAUUCGCGAUCUGUUCGUCUCUCUCGCCCCAUCAACGCACCCAACGCUUCUCUUUCCUCACUUCUGGCAUGGUCUGGAAUCGCUUGAAUGCCAUUCUUCCAGUUUUCUGAUUUUGAUUAGUAAUUUGAAAGGAUCAGCUACAAGUGUUAUUUCAGAACUCCUGCUUCUUUCCUUCACACCAUGAAUGCUCUAGCUGCUACUAGUAGGAACUUCAAGCAGGCUGCAAGGCUCCUGGGGUUGGACUCCAAGCUGGAAAGGAGCCUCCUCAUUCCUUUCAGAGAGAUCAAGGUUGAAUGCACAAUUCCCAAGGACGACGGGACUCUAGCAUCCUUUGUAGGGUUCAGGGUGCAGCAUGACAAUGCAAGAGGCCCUAUGAAGGGAGGCAUUCGGUACCACCCAGAGGUUGACCCAGAUGAGGUGAAUGCACUGGCACAACUGAUGACAUGGAAGACAGCAGUGGCAAAUAUUCCGUAUGGAGGGGCAAAGGGAGGAAUAGGCUGUAAUCCAGGGGAACUAAGCAUCUCGGAGCUGGAACGAUUAACCAGAGUUUUCACACAGAAGAUACAUGAUCUAAUUGGAAUUCACAUGGACGUCCCAGCUCCUGAUAUGGGAACGAAUCCACAGACAAUGGCUUGGAUUUUGGAUGAAUACUCAAAAUUCCAUGGAUACUCACCUGCAGUAGUGACUGGAAAACCUGUUGAUCUUGGUGGAUCUCUUGGUAGAGAUGCAGCUACUGGAAGGGGGGUUCUCUUUGCAACAGAGGCAUUGCUUGCGGAGUAUGGAAAGAGCAUCUCCGACCAACGGUUUGUUAUACAGGGGUUUGGAAAUGUGGGUUCUUGGGCUGCGCAACUCAUCCAUGAAAAAGGUGGGAAAAUUGUAGCAGUCAGUGACAUCACAGGUGCUGUGAAGAACAGCAAAGGUCUUGAUAUACCAAGGCUCCUCAAGCAUUCUUUGGAGAAUCGUGGAAUAAAAGGAUUUGAUGGUGGAAACACAGUUGAUCCCAAGUCAUUGUUGGUCGAAGACUGUGAUGUUCUCAUUCCAGCAGCCCUUGGGGGUGUUAUCAACAGGGAAAAUGCAAGUGACAUUAAGGCCAAGUUCAUUAUCGAGGCUGCAAAUCAUCCGACUGAUCCAGAGGCUGAUGAGAUCUUAUCAAAAAAAGGUGUUAUCAUACUUCCUGACAUAUAUGCAAAUUCAGGGGGAGUAACCGUGAGUUACUUUGAGUGGGUUCAGAAUAUUCAAGGCUUCAUGUGGGAUGAAGAGAAGGUGAACAGUGAGCUGAAAAGGUACAUGACCAAAGGCUUCAAAGACGUGAAGGAGAUGUGCAAGACCCACAACUGUGAUCUCCGCAUGGGAGCAUUCACCCUUGGAGUGAACCGAGUCGCACGAGCAACUGUCCUUAGAGGUUGGGAAGCCUGACACAAUCGAUGAUGAUUAUGAAGACAGACUUGUCUUCUUCUUCUUUGGGUAUCUUUCAGCAAAAUAAUUUUCCUGAGUUCUAUCAGAACACAAGAUGCUUCUUCACCUUUAUUUGUGCUUCUUGUAAUUUUAUUAUAUAUCUAAUUGGACUGCAAUUAUUAGUCAAACGAAGUGAAAAUAAUCAGUUGCCAUUUCGUUGGCAUGGGCUCACUUGUAACAGACUUGACAACGACUAUGUCAUUCUCUUUUGUCAUUUCCUCUUUAUUAAAAUGAAUUUUAACAAUUCAAUCAA